AUGACAGAUUCUCGCGUGGCCAUUAAGAAAAUCAGUCCAUUUGAGCACCAGACUUACUGUCAGCGCACCCUGAGGGAGAUCAAGAUCCUGCUGCGGUUCCGCCAUGAGAACAUCAUCGGCAUCAACGACAUCCUGAGGGCCCGCCGCAUCGAGUGCAUGAGGGACGUGUAUUCUUUUACCCAGAAAAGAAAGGGAAAGAAGGGAUACCUAGUCAGUUGUACAACUGAAUGCAUUCAACUGAAAUGUGUCUUCCACAUUUAACCCAACCCCUCUGAAUCAGAGACCGAGGCUAAUGGGGAAACUGUCUGUCUCUCUCUGUGUGUGUGAUCUCUGCACAUUACUAGUACAUUACUAAUGGUGGGGGAAGGCUAAAUAAAUACAGCAGAAUAGGCCUAAUUUAAAAUAAUAGUGAUAAAGGAACCAAAAUAUGCUGGGUAGUGCAUGCUCAGCGCUCAUGGCUGAACAGUACCCGGAUUGAAAUUGGAGUGGGAGAGAAGGUCAACGCUCUUUAUUUAUUUUUAUUUAUUUUUUAUUUAUUUUUUUACAUCAGCUCCACUCACCUGCAAAAUUACGCAAGCAUGGCUCCUCGCUCCACUCAGCUCACAUGCUCUGGUGUGGUAUUAAAAAAUAUGUACUGCUUGUCUCCAGUCAUGUAAAAUGAGGUAGAGUUGCAUGAAAUGGGUUUAUCAAAGGCUAGUUUUUCUCGGACCUGCAAAUACCAUGCUAGAUUUCUGCAAUGCUUUUAUUAUAAAGUAGAUAUUUUCACCCCCUACCCUUGUCCGCUGUGGUCUGCAAACCCAUAACCUUCUGGCCUGCAGCCCUGCGCACUAUCAAAAUUGCUACGCUGCUAUGUAAUGUUUACGAGACACAUACGUUUCUAAAACUGCAUAUCUAAGGCUCUGGUCUGUCCUAGGAGUGAGGGUAAACAUGUUCUCUGCUAUCCACCUUGUUUUAAUUAUUAUUUAGGGUAUAGGGGAGGGUCACUUUUUUACGUGUUCAGGGAGGAUCGGGUACAAAUAUAUUUUACUGAAGGGAGGGCCAUCCAUUUUCAUUUCAGAGAGGUCCGAUUUUCUCCAGGUAUCCCUCAUUUAUAAAUAACGUACAGUCCCUAAAUGUUUUGCAUGAGCUCAGUAUUUCCUUGAUGAAAACAAAGGGUAAGAAAAUUUAGUAAUUCCAUGCAGAAGCAUUGGAAAAUAAACAAAUUAAUUGGUCCUGCGCCAGAGCGGAAAUUACUGGAAGUGAAUAUUAGCUAUACACGGGGAACUAGGAGAUAUUACGAUGGGUGUGUAAAGACCUUUAUGCUUUCUGAAACUCCACCAAAAAUUCACACUUAACACAUGGAAUUGGUUACAGUCAGGUUCAAAUGGAUAUGUGGAUGUUGGCCUGUAGUGCCUGUAACUGUCAUAUGCCUCCUCAUCCACUGUUGGCCCCUUGAAUGGCGCCACCUGCUGGUUCCCAGCGGUAUAGUACUGAACCUCAUGGAGACAGACCUUUACAAGCUUAGAUCUAACAGAAUAACAUGGGUUAGGGUUGGGUCCCUCUCUGUUCGUUAGGCUCCUUAACCCCUUGAUUCCCAGCUACAUAGUGCAGGACCUGAUGGAGACAGACCUGUACAAGCUCCUGAAGACCCAGAUGUUGAGUAACGACCACACCUGCUACUUCCUGUACCAGAUCCUGAGAGGCCUGAAGUACAUCCACUCUGCCAACGUGCUGCACCGCGACCUCAAGCCCUCCAACCUGCUCAUCAACACCACCUGUGACCUCAAGGUAAUAAUAACCAGAAUACUACUACUAACCCUAACCCUAUAACUUCAAUACUACUGCUAACCCUAUAUCUGCAAUACUACUACUGCUAACCCCAACCCUAUAACUGCAAUACUACUACUACUUACCCUAACUGUGACCUCAAGGCAUGGUUAGCUACCCCCUAUCCAUUGAUCUAAGACCAGGGCCGAUAUUUAUAAAGCGUUUCAGAGUAAUAGUGCUGUUCUAGGGUCAGUUUUGCCUUGUCAAUUAAUGGACAGGAGGCACUUCUUCUCUGAGACCCUUAUGAAUACGCCCCUGGUUACCCUAGCUAUCACCCAAUCAUAACCCUAACCAUUUGGGAGUGGGGAUAUCUAACCUUGGACCGGUGGUUAGGGUCCAUCUUGUGAAGAAAAUGAUCUACUCUAUACUGUAUAGAUUGAUCUUAACCAGAAGAGGGCGUAGUGGGGAUUUGCUGGCAUGAACAGGGGUGUAUUUAUUCCGCCGAAUCUGUUGCAAAACGUUUCUUAAGUGGAAGUAAACAAAACGAGGAGGGACUUAACUGAAUUUGUCCAAUACAAACUCUCGUUUCAAGCAAACUCUCGUACUCCUGAGUGGCGCAGUGGUCUAAGGCACUGCAUCGCAGUGCUAACUGUGCCACUAGAGAUCCUGGUUCGAAUCCAGGCUCUGUCGCAGCCGGCCGCGACCGGGAGACUCAUGGGCGGCGCACAAUUGGCCCAGCGUCGUCCAGGGUAGGGGAGGGAAUGGCCGGCAGGGAUGUAGCUCAGUUGAUAGAGCAUGGCGUUUGCAACGCCAGGUUUGUGGGUUCGAUUCCCACGGGGGGCCAGUAUAAAAAAAAAUAUAUAUAUAUUCACUAACUGUAAGUCGCUCUGGAUAAGAGCGUCUGCUAAAUGACUUAAAUGUAAUGUAAAUGUAAGCAAGUGUUUGGACUAAUGAUUACACCCCAGGUCAUUGUGUGUACAUGUCUGCAUGCUUCUUUUAACGACCCUCCUCUGUCAGAUCUGUGACUUUGGGCUGGCACGGAUAGCUGACCCAGAGCAUGACCACACAGGCUUCCUGACAGAGUACGUGGCUACGCGCUGGUACAGGGCCCCCGAGAUCAUGCUCAACUCCAAGGUGUGUGUGUGCAUUGAUUCCAUGUCUGUAGACCAUGUUUUCUCUGUCAGGGCUACUCCUAGUCCUUUGAUAGUGUGUAUGUGAAUUAAUGUGUUUGUUCUAACUGUGUGAGUUGUUCAGGGCUACUCCAAGUCCAUUGAUAUCUGGUCAGUGGGCUGCAUCCUGGCUGAGAUGCUGUCCAACAGGCCCAUCUUCCCUGGGAAGCACUACCUGGACCAGCUCAACCACAUACUGGGUGAGAGAGAGACACACAGGAUGCGACCCAAAUGGCAGCCUAAUCCCUAUCUAGUGCACUUCUUUUAACCAGAGAUUUAUGGGCCCUGGUCAAAAGUAGUGCACUAUAUAGGGAAUAGGGUGCGACACUCGCUUAAACUUUUGCAUGACUUGCUGUGUGCUCUUUUCCGAAAUAUCCUUGACUUUGGCUUCUGUCUGUGAGAAGGGGUGGACAUGGCUGAACUUACCUGAACUUGCCUUAUACACUGAACAAAAAUAUAAACGCAACAAUUUCAAUGCUUAUACAGGUGAUAUAAGGAAAUCUGUCAAUUGAAAUUAAUUAAAUAGGCACUAAUCUAUGGAUUUCACUACUGGGAAUACAGAUAUGCAUCUGUUGAUACCUUUUUUUUUAAUGUAUAGGAGUGGAUCAGAAAACCAGUCAGUAUCUGUGUAACCACCAUUUGCCUCAUGCAGCGCGACAUCUCCUUUGCAUAAAGUUGAUCAGGCUGUUGAUUGUGGCCUGUGGAAUGUUGUCCCACUCUUCAAUGGCUGUGCGAAGUUGCUGUAUAUUGGCGGGAACUGGAACAUGCUGUGAGCAUCCCAAACAUACUCAAUGGGUGACAUGUCUGGUGAGUAUGCAGGCCAUGGAAGAACUGGGACAUUUUCAGCUUCCAGGAAUUGUGUACAGAUCCUUGCGACAUGGGGUUGUGCAUUAUCAUGCUGAAACAUGAGGUCAUGGCGGCGGAUGAAUAGCACGACAAUGGCCUCAGGAUCUCGUCACGGUAUGUCUAUGCAUUGAAAUUGCCAUCGAUAAAAUGCAAUUGUGUUUGUUGUCUGUAGCUUAUGCCUGCCCAUACCAUAACCCCACCACCACCAUGGGGCACUCUGUUGACAUCCGCAAACCGCUCGCCCAUACGACGCCAUACUGUCUGCCAUCUGCCCGGUACAGUUGAAACCGGGAUUCAACCGUGAAGAGCACACUUCUCCAGCAUGCCAGUGGCCAUUGAAGGUGAGCAUUUGCCCACUGAACUCGGUUACGACACCGAACUGCAGUCAGGUCAAGACCCUGGUGAGGACGCAGAUGAGCUUCCCUGAGACGGUUUCUGACAGUUUGUGCUGAAAUUCUUCGGUUGUACAAACCCACAGUUUCAUCAGCUGUCUGGGUGGCUGGUCCCAGACCAUGCCGCAGGUGAAGAAGACGGAUAGAGAAAUGAACAGUAAUUUCUCUGGCAACAGCUCUGGUGGACAUUCCUGCAGUCAGCAUGCCAAUUGCACGCUCCUUCAACUUGAGACAUCUGUGGCAUUGUGUUGUGUGACAAAAUGGCACAUUUUAGAGUGGCCUUUUUAUUGUCCCCAGUACAAGGUGCACCUAUGUAAUGAUCAUGCUGUUUAAUCAGCUUCUUGAUAUGCCCCACCUGUCAGGUGGAUGGAUUAUCUUGGCAAAAGAGAAAUGCUCACUUACAGGGAUGUAAACACAUUUGUGCACAAAUGGGAUCUCAUGAAACAUGGGACCAACACUUUACAUGGUGUUUAUAAUUUUGUUCAGUAUUAAUGCAUUUCCUAUUUCCAUUUUCAAAGUGUUUCAAGUGUUUGCUACAUUGUGUCCUACUGAACAGGACCCAGGUGUAAAGUGUUUGAUUGGUUGUGCAGGCAUCCUAGGCUCUCCCACUCCGGACGACCUGAACUGCAUCAUCAACAUGAAGGCUAGGAACUACCUGCAGUCUCUGCCUGAGAAACCCAAGAUCCCCUGGAACAAGCUGUUCCCCAAGGCAGACAGCAAGGGUAGAACACACACAUUAUUGCAUUACAUUAUAGUAAUUUAUCUUACCCAGAGCGACUUACAGUUAGUGCAUUCAUCUUAGGGUCAUUAGGUAAGACCGUCAUAGUAAGUAAAACUGUUCCUCAAUAAAGCAGCUAUCAGCAAAGUCAGUGCAAUGUUUAGUGCAAGAAAGGGAAGUACAACAGGAUUUUUAGUUUUUUUCACACAUGUACACAUUCUCACAUGCUAACACACAAAAUGCAUACAGUGAGGGAAAAAAGUAUUUCAUCCCCUGCUGAUUUUGUACGUUUGCCCACUGACAAAGACAUGAUCAGUCUAUACAUUUAAUGGUAGGUCUAUUUGAACAGUGAGAGACAGAAUAACAACAAAAAAAAUCCAGAAAAACGCAUGUCAAAAAUGUUAUAAAUUGAUUUGCAUUUUAAUAAGGGAAAUAAGUAUUUGACCCCUCUGCAAAACAUGACUUAGUACUUGGUGGCAAAACCCUUGUUGGCAAUCACAGAGGUCAGACCUUUCUUGUAGUUGGCCACCAGGUUUUCACACAUCUCAGGAGGGAUUUUGUUCCACUCCUCUUUGCAGAUCUUCUUCAAGUCAUUAAGGUUUCGAGGCUGACGUUUGGCAACUCGAACCUUCAGCUCCCUCCACAGAUUUUCUAUGCGAUUAAGGUCUGGAGACUGGCUAGGCCACUCCAGGACCUUAAUGUGCUUCUUCUUGAGCCACUCCUUUGUUGCCUUGGCCGUGUGUUUUGGGUCAUUGUCGUGCUGGAAUACCCAUCCACGACCCAUUUUCAAUGCCCUGGCAGAGGGAAGGAGGUUCUCACCCAAGAUUUGACGGUACAUGGCCCCGUCCAUCGUCCCUUUGAUGCAGUGAAGUUGUCCUGUCCCCUUAGCAGAAAAACACCCCCAAAGCAUAAUGUUUCCAUCUCCAUGUUUGACGGUGGGGAUGGUGUUCUUGGGGUCAUAGGCAGCAUUCCUCCUCCUCCAAACAUGGCGAGUUGAGUUGAUGCCAAAGAGCUCGAUUUUGGUCUCAUCUGACCACAACACUUUCACCCAGUUCUCCUCUGAAUCAUUCAGAUGUUCAUUGGCAAACUUCAGACGGCCCUGUAUAUGUGCUUUCUUGAGCAGGGGGACCUUGCGGGCGCUGCAGGAUUUCAGUCCUUCACGGCGUAGUGUGUUACCAAUUGUUUUCUUGGUGACUAUGGUCCCAGCUGCCUUGAGAUCAUUGACAAGAUCCUCCCGUGUAGUUCUGGGCUGAUUCCUUCCAUUCUCAUGAUCAUUGCAACUCCACGAGGUGAGAUCUUGCAUGGAGCCCCAGGCCGAGGGAGAUUGACAGUUCUUUUGUGUUUCUUCCAUUUGCAAAUAAUCACACCAACUGUUGUCACCUUCUCACCAAGCUGCUUGGCGAUGGUCUUGUAGCCCAUUCCAGCCUUGUGUAGGUCUACAAUCUUGUCCCUGACAUCCUUGGAGAGCUCUUUGGUCUUGGCCAUGGUGGAGAGUUUGGAAUCUGAUUGGUUGAUUACUUCUGUGGACAGGUGUCUUUUAUACAGGUAACAAGCUGAUAUUAGGAGCACUCCCUUUAAGAGUGUGCUCCUAAUCUCAGCUUGUUACCUGUAUAAAAGACACCUGGGAGCCAGAAAUCUUUCUAAUUGAGAGGGGGUCAAAUACUUAUUUCCCUCAUUAAAAUGCAAAUCAAUUUAUAACAUUUUUGACAUGCGUUUUUCUGGAUUUUGUUGUUGUUAUUCUGUCUCUCACUGUUCAAAUAAACCUACCAUUAAAAUUAUAGACUGAUCAUUUCUUUGUCAGUGGGCAAACGUACAAAAUCAGCAGGGGAUCAAAUACUUUUUCCCCUCAUUCACAGUUUUCACAUACAUUUGCAAGCAUUACAUGCAUACUCACACUUUCCCUUUUCCUAGCUUCACUAGCAGCCCAUUCUCCUACUCAGGUGUGAGUUGAUGGGAAUACCGGCUUUUGGUACACCGAGUAGACUUCAACCUAGUUAAAAUGGUGACAUUAGGUGUCUAUCCUUCCCUUUCAUGUGGGAUUUAUGGAUAAUCUAUUGAUUUUUGGAAAUAACUAUCCCUUUAAAGGUCAUGAACAGUAAAAAUCAUGUUUUUCAUGAAAUUUGAUGCUAUUUGGAUGAAACAAGAUAGAAGUAUGAUGACCAAAGUAUGAAAAUGACUUGCUUCUACAUUUUAUAAAGUUUGAUCAUAAAGUUAGUGGUCCCCUCCCCCAUGUCAAACACUUGGAUUCAGGGGGUGGGAUUAUUAAGGGGAUAGGGUGACAUCACCCUAACUCAUUUUAAUACACCAAUGGUAACAUGAUAUUCUCUUACCUAAUUUAAGUAAGUAUGGCCUUGUAACCAACAUCGUCGAAGGCAUGUUUGCAGAGCGGCAUGGUUUAUAUAGCUAGAUAGUUACUCUGCUGGUGCCAAAAUGUGACUGUAGGGUGUCAGCAAAUAUAUAAUUAAAAUGGUACACUAUUAAUCUAUGGCAAAGAUACUUGUAUGUCUCCCCUUUCAUCUGUGUCUGGUGUUAGCUAGUUACUGGCUAGCUAGGUCUUCAGCCAGCAUGGAACAGAAGGGAGGAAGGGUCGUUCAAAACACUGACGCAGUUGUCAAGUCAACACAUCCGUCAGUGUUGCUGUGAACCGCAUCCCAAGAGACAUGCCAAACAUUGAUGCAAUUUCGAUGUUCUUUGAGUUGCUUUGUGAAUCACUAACUUAGCUUGAGAUGAUUUUACUGCAACACUGCAUCCAAGUUGCUUGACAUAGGCGUUUCAAAGAGCUGUCCAUCAAGGUGAGCUCAUGAAUAUAAGCUCCCCACCCACUCAUCCUGUCUUUUCAAACUUCUUGGUAGAUGGCCAUGAGAGGGGGAACAUUCAUUUUUCUCAAAUGUUGAACAUUUUAUAUCCAAAACAAAUAUUAUGGGUGAUAUUUUAGUAACUCAAAAGGCUAUUUUACAUGGGAAUCAGAAUGACUGUUCGGGACCUUUUAACAACACUCUCCCAUCUCUCCCUCCAGCCCUGGAUCUGCUGGGCCGCAUGUUGACCUUUAACCCUAUCAAGCGCAUCACGGUAGAGGAAGCCCUGGCUCAUCCCUAUCUGGAGCAGUACUACGACCCCACUGACGAGGUAUGACAGCAGCAGCCCGUCCUCACAUACGGUAUUCCCCUCACAUGCUGUAGUGCCCUGUCUAUAAACAAUCUAAAGCCCUUUUCACGUAUGAAAUUUGGUUCCCUGGUUCGGUUUCCUGAAGCGUUUGAGAAUUCUACAAAAUAUGUUUUGCUUUCACAACACCUAAAAAUAGACCACAUUUUACAUGACAUUAGAAAGCGAGCUUGUUUUCAACAGGCAUAGAGUUCCACGCCGCAAUACCUGAUACUUUGGUCCUGGAUUGUUGGUCCCACUACUCCCGCAGGUCCAGGAUUUGUUUCAGCCAUGGUUAGUUUCCGUUUUACACAUGCUUUAUAGCACGGAUCAGUAGGGAUGCGCAUCUUUCCCUUUCAAGACGUUUCGAUGCGUAUCUAGAUACAUGGGCUCUGAUACGAUACAAGAACGAUACGUUUUAGUUUGAAGCGAUUCGGUUUGAUUAGAGAACAAAUCGAUGCGAUACGAUUCGAUGCACUAACAUUUGUUGCAUAAACACAUUUUCCAUUCUAAAUUAAAAUAUGCUGCUGCUGGAUCUCAUGAGCUGUGUGUGUAUGUGUGGGAGCAAGCCCCGUUCAGCAGGUAUAGCCAGAUGAGUCGUCUCCAGUAGCUUACUUUUUUCCCAGUAAAACUCAAUUUUCAACAGCGUAUAGAUGGUAAUACCCUAGCAAAUUACAUAAACUCUGCAAAAAAAUAAACGUCCUCUCACUGUCAACUGCGUUUAUUUUCAGCAAACUUAACAUGUGUAAAUAUGUGUAUGAACAUAGCAAGAUUCAAUAAGUGAGACAUAAACUGAACAAGUUCCACAGACAUGUGACUAACAGAAAUGGAAUAAUGUGUCCCUGAACAAAGGGGGUGUCAAAAUCAAAAGUAACAGUCAGUAUCUGGUGUGGCCACCAGCUGCAUUAAGUACUGCAGUGCAUCCUCAUGGACUGCACCAUAUUUGCCCAUUCUUGCUGUGAGUUGUUACCCCACUCUUCCACCAAAGCACCUGCAAGUUCCCGGACAUUUCUGGGGGGAAUGGCCCUAGCCCUCACCCUCCGAUCUAACAGGUCCCAGACGUGCUCAAUGGGAUUGAGAUCUGGGCUCUUCGCUGGCCAUGGCAGACCACGGACAUUCCUGUCUUGCAGGAAAUCACGCACAGAACGAGCAGUAUGGCUGAUAGCAUUGUCAUGCUGGAGGGUCAUGUCAGGAUGAGCCUGCAGGAACGGUACCACAUGAGGGAGGAGGAUGUCUUCCCUGUAACGCACAGCGUUGAGAUUGCCUGCAAUGACAACAACCUCAGUCCGAUGAUGCUGUGACACACCGCCCCAGACCAUGACGGACCCUCCACCUCCAAAUCGAUCCCGCUCCAGAGUACAGGCCUCGGUGUAACGCUCAUUCCUUCAACGAUAAACGCGAAUCCGACCAUCACCCCUGGUGAGACAAAACCGCGACUCGUCAGUGAAGAGCACUUUUUGCCAGUCCUGUCUGGUCCAGCGAUGGUGGGUUUGUGCCCAUAGGCGACGUUGUUGCCGGUGAGGACCUGCCUUACAACAGGCCUACAAGCCCUCAGUUCAGCCUCUCUCAGCCUACUGUGGACAGUCUGAGCACUGAUGGAGGGAUUGUGCAUUCCUGGUGUAACUCAGGCAGUUGUUGUUGCCAUCCUGUACCUGUACCGCAGGUGUGAUGUUCGGAUGUACCGAUCCUGUGCAGGUGUUGUUACACGUGGUCUGCCACUGCGAGGACGAUCAGCUGUCCGUCCUGUCUCCCUGUAGCGCUGUCUUAGGCGUCUCACAGUACAGAUAUUGUAAUUUAUUGCCCUGGCCACAUCUGCAGUCCUCAUGCCUCCUUGCAGCAUGCCUAAGGCACGUUCACGCAGAUGAGCAGAGACCCUGGGCAUCUUUCUUUUGGUGUUUUUCAGAGUCAGUAGAAAGGCCUCUUUAGUGUUCUAAGUUUUCAUAACUGUGACCUUAAUUGCCUACCGUCUGUAAGCUGUUAGUGUCUUAACGACCGUUCCACAGGCGCUGUUGCGCCUUCUUCACCACACUGUUUGAGGUGUUGGCAGCUGCAUAGGCUAUUCUCGUUGAGCAGUGGCAACCUACUCUCUCUGUCCAUUGCCGUUGUAAUCUACUGGGAAGCCAACAUUUUCCCAAACUGGAGAUUUUAAACGAUGAUGGAGAAUCCUCCUGGUUUAUCGACCCCACCACUCGCCAUUGUACAGAACAAGGUCCCGGCUGUGCAUCACAAAAGGACAGUUUGAAAUGCGCCAAUUAAGAUUUUAAUUUUGAUUACAAUGUUCGCAUAGGCUCUAGUUUCAACGGAAUAGCCUGAAAUGUAUUUUUCAGCUCAGAUGUACUCGAGGCAUUCAACACAGCGUAUGCAUAGCCUAUAGGCCUAGUGUUUUUAUAUAUUUUCUUUAAUGUAUUUAUUCGGGUUCACAGUGCGGACCGAACCGAGGUCCCUGUACAGAGUGGUUCGGUACGAAUACGUGUACCGUUACACCCCUAGCUACUGAUAUUCCCUAGGGUUGUUCGGCAUGCAAAAUUACUUGUAGAUUAAUGACUGUCACAGUUACAUGCUUAGUUCGCCACUGAAGGAGAGGACGCAUCAAAUAUGAGAUUUUCGGAAGGUAGAAAGAAAGUAAUAUGAGCAACAACAAAAACUGUGAAUCAGCAAUUCGUAACGUUUGAAUCAAUUUUCUGACCGAUGCAUUUGCAUUUGGUUCGGUUUGGGGUCCGUGGACCAAUGCAGUUGUAUCUUAAACAUUUGAAUCAGGGACUGAUGUGAAUCGUUACAUCCCUAUGGAUCAGGGUACCAAACGCUCCAGGAUCAUAUGUGAAAGCGCCCUAAAGUGUUUAUGAUUUUGUGUACUGUUUUGAGUGUACUGUAGCCUAUUUCUUGUAUACUGUUAUUACACUUAAUAAAAUAUACUGAACAAAAAUAUAAACGCAACAUGCAACAAUUUCAAUGACUUCACUGAGUUACAGUUCAUAUAAGGAAAUCAACCAAUUGAAAUAAAUUAAUUAGGCCCUAAUCUAUGGAUUUCACAUGACUGGGCAGGGGCGCAGCUAUGGAUGGGCCUGGGAGGGCAAAGGCCCACCCACUGAGGAACCAGGCCCAGCCAAUCAGAAUUCAUUUUUCCCCACAAAAGGGCUUUAUUACAGACAGAAAUACUCCUCAGUUUCAUCAGCUGUCCGGGUGGCUGUUCUCAGACGAUCCUGCAGGUGAAGAAGCCGGAUGUGGAGCUCCUGAGCUGGCGUGGUUACACGUGGUCUGCAGUUGAGGCCGGUUGGAUGUACUGCCAAAUUCUCUAAAACGACGGAGGUGGCUUAUGGUAGAGAAAUGAACAUUCAAUUCCCUGGCAACAGCUCUGGCGGACAUUCCUGCAAUCAGCAUGCGAAUUGCACGCUCCCUCAACUUGAGAGAUCUGUGUCAUUGUGUUGUGACAAAACUGCACAUUUUAGUGGCCUUUUAUUGUCCCCAGCACAAGGUGCACCUGUGUAAUGAUCAUGCUGUUUAAUCAGCUUCUUGAUAUGCCACACCUGUCGGAUGGAUGGAUUAUCUCGGCAAAGGAGAAAUGCUCACUAACAGGAAUGUAAAGACAUUUGUGAAAAUUGAGAGAGAUACGGUUUUGGGAUAUUUUAUUUCAGCUCAUGAAACAUGGGACCAACACUUUACAUGUUGCUUUUAUAUUUUUGUUCAGUGUAUAAACGCAACAUGCAACAAUUUCAAAGAUUUUACUGAGUUACAGUUCAUAUAAGGAAAUCAGUCAGUUGAAAUGAAUUAAAUAAGCUCUAAUCUAUGGAUUUCACAUGACUGGGAAUACAGAUAUGCAUCUGUUGAUACCUUUAAAAAAAUAAAUUGAAAAAAAUUGGGGGUGGAUCAGAAAACCAGUCAGUAUCUGGUGUGACCACCAUUUGCCUCAUGCAGCGUGACACAUCUCCUUUGCAUAAAGUUGAUGAUGUUGUUGAUUGUGGCCUGUGGAAUGUUGUCCCACUCUUCAGUGGCUGUGCGAUGUUGCUGGAUAUUGGCGUGAACUGGAACACGCUGUGAGCAUCCCAAACAUGCUCAAUGGGUGACAUUGUCUGGUGAGUAUGCAGGCCGUGGAAGAACUGGGACAUUUUCAGCUUCCAGGAAUUGUGUACAGAUCCUUGCGACAUGGGGUUGUGCAUUAUCAUGCUGAAACAUGAGGUGAUGGCAGUGGAUGAAUGGCACGACAAUGGGCCUCAGGAUCUCGUCAUGGUGUCUCUGUGCAUUCAAAUUGCCAUCGAUAAAAUGCAAUUGUGUUCGUUGCCCGUAGCUUUUGCCUGCCUGCCCAUACCAUAACCCCACCGCCAACAUGGGACUCUCAGUUCACAACGUUGACAUCAACAAACCGCUCGCACAUACGACGCCAUGUCUGCCAUCUGCCCGGUACAGUUGAAACCGGGAUUAAUCCGUGAAGAGCACACUUCUCCAGCGUGCCAGUGGCCAUCAAAGGUGAGCAUUUGCCCACUGAAGUCUGUUACGACUCCGAACUGCAGUCAGUUCAAGACCCUGGUGAGGACAACGAGCACGCAGAUUAGCUUCCCUGAGACUGUUUCUGACAAUUUGUGCAGAAAUUCUUCCCUUGUGCAAACCCACAGUUCCAUCAGUUGUCCGGGUGUCUGGUUUCAGAUGAUCCCGCAGGUGAAGAAGCCGGCUGCGGAGGUCCUGGGCUGGCAUGGUUACACGUGGUCUGCGGUUGUGAGAGCGGUUGGACGUACUGCCAAAUGCUCUAAAAUGACGUUGUAGGCAGCUUAUGGUAGAGAAAUGAACAUUCAAUUCUCUGGCAACAGCUCUGGUGGACAUUCCUGCAUUCAGCAUGCCAAUUGCACGCUCCCUCAACUUGAGACAUCUGUGGCAUUGUGUUGUGUGACAACUGCACAUUUUAGUGGCCUUUUAUUGUCCCCAGCACAAGGUGCACCUGUGUAAUGAUCAUGCUGUUUAAUCAGCUUCUUGAUAUGCCACACCUGUCGGAUGGAUGGAUGGAUGGAUGGAUUAUCUUGGCAUAGGAGAAAUGCUCAGUAACAGGAAUGUAAACAAAUUUGUGAAAAUUGAGAGAUACGGUUUUGGGAUCUUUUUUUUUUUUCAGCUCAUGAAACAUGGCACCAACUUUACAUGUUGCGUUUAUAUUUUUGUUCAGUGUAGUAUUUUCAUUGUGUAUAGCCCGUAGCAGAGGAGCCGUUCACCUUCACCAUGGAGCUGGAUGACCUGCCUAAGGAGAAGCUGAAGGAGCUCAUCUUUGAGGAGACAGCCCGCUUCCAGGCCACCUACCAGGGCUCCUGA